AUGCGCUACGACCGGGAGAUCACACUCGAGGCCGUGCGGCAGAAGGGAGGCUUGCUCCAGUACACGUCCCCCGUGCUGCAGGCAGAUCGGGAGGUGGUGGGUGCGGCCGUGCAGCAAAGCGGAGCUGCGCUUCGCUUCGCAGCCCCUGCAAGGCGAAAUGAGCUGGGCUUGGUAAGGCGAGCUGUGACGAGGACUCCCGAGAUCUUUCCUUUCUUGCCAGCUGAGCAGAAGGCCCGACGAGAACUUGCAUCUGUGGCGGUUGCGCGAGACGGCAUGCUGCUGUCAGCAGUGCCAACACUGCAAGAUGACAAGGACAUCGUUCUGGCAGCCGUCAGGCAAAACCCUGCUGCUCUCCAGUUUGCCUCCAGCUCGCUGCGUUACGACAAAGACAUCCUGAAGCUAUGCCUCGAUACAACCGAUGGGUGA